CAACUGAACACCUGUGGCAGUGCGAUUUGUAGUUGUAGAGAAAAGCCACACAUGUGUAUCAGUAAACUUGAAGUCACAGAGAGAAAUGUUUUAAGAGUUGCAAACCUGUAGACUUUUUUUCUCUCCCACAAACACAACACAACAGUUACACCUUCUCAGAUUCUUCAUUGCAGGUGCACAAAUCCUAUUCUACAAAUCACAAAUUAAGAAACUCGUACGAUCACAUUUUUGAUACAAAUGCUGCAGUGAAUAUGGUGCAAAACGCAUUUACACACCUGCAUCAAGAAAUGUGAAGUCGUGGAGAAAUGUUGAACAUCCGCAAAUCAGUACGUGAAUUCAUUCAAUGAGAGUUGCACACUUGAAGAAUAUUUUCUCAGAAAUGUCUUGUAUAUUUUUCUAACACAAACACAAAGUACAUAACUACAGUUGCUUGAAUCUGCUGCGACGAAUCUCAAACACUGUUUUUCGCUUUCAAGUGACAAGUUUUGCGCUCUCCCUUUUGCACCGAGAUAUUUGAUUCAAAAGUGAGUUGUGCAUCUGUAGAGGUAGUGGGCGGGACUGUUUAGAGAUUAGAGAAUUUCAGCCAAUCAGAAGAGCUUUGGGUCGUUGCAUGGCGCCCGAAGUAAUGAGAAGGGGGAAAAACGAACUGCCAUCUUCGUGAUCUGCCAGUGUCAAACAGCAAUAAACGUAAGUUCCUUCUUAUUAUAUUUUUCUUCUCUAAAAUCACGCACCUUUAUACAUUUGUCUAUAUUUUAAAUAAACGCGCUGAUCGGCUACGUUGAUGCAGUGUUUCUGAGUUCGGUUAGGCUUUCUUUUUUCAUGAAAGGUAACGUUAACUGUUAAGCUAGAUUUCCAGUCCUGCACUGUUAACUUUGCUAACCUUCUCAUAUUAGUUGAUACUUUCAUUAUAUUUCAUUAUGUACUUAUACAUAUUUCAUUAUGUAAUCCUUAUAUUCUCUUCUGUUACCUUCUAGAAAAAUGACAGAACAGCGUGGUUCUUCGCAGAACACAAACAUUGAGUCAGCAGUCCGUGUGCUUCUAAACUGCAUAAGAAGUGAAAGGGAAGGAACUCACACACCUCAAAACACCACUGCUCAGCCUACUGCUAUUGGGCCUUCCAGCAGCAGACCUGUAAGACCAGCCACAGUGCAGCAGGAGAUGCAAAGAUGUUUCCCCUCAAUGUAUUCUGGAGGCCUGAAAAGAAAAAGGAAGUCAGCUGAUACUCCACGUGUAUCAGUGACAAAGUUUAUGGAACUGCAGUUCUGCCUGCAAUCUGAAAACACAGACAAAACCCCAAAGGAUGAGGCAGUGCUCUUACAGGCAGGUCUUGGAAGGAGGAACAUAAACAUGGCUGAUAAUGCGGAUCACACAGAGAUAAGUCGAGUACUGCUGGAAGAAUUUCCCAAAAUGAGAGAUUUGCGUGGUGGUUGGCUGCUUACAAAAGCUUCUGGGGGCAGUGGGCGAAGAAAGACUACUCCAUUGCCCCAGGGAACUGAAGGGUACACUGCAAAAGUUCUGAAGUCCUCAUCAAACAAUGGGAAAAAUGUAAUAUAUAUUGUACCUCUUCAAGAAAAAAUAGAUACUACCCCACUGCCAUAUGAUGCUGAAGAGUUUGAAAGAAUGCCAAAAAACACAUGCAUGACUUGUGGCAAACUGAUUCCUCUGCCCCUGAUCCAGUUCCACACUGAGUCCUGUGGAGAUAAAUUUUCAGCUGACAAGUGA